AUGGUCAGGCUUUCCUGUUUACUACUACUGUUGUCAUCUACAGGGCUGCCAAGUGCUCGGCCGACCGAAUCAUCCCUCCAAGGCGCGGACGAUAGCUCCUUUUCUGACUUUUCCUUCCCUCCUGCUUCUUCCAAUGCCAUUGGUGCUUUGAAUUCUCCCUUGAUCUCGCGUGGCAGGCUUUAUCCUCGCAUCGGCCGCAAUGACAAUUUCAUGAAACACUUUGUGAAAGGCGCGAAGUUGUGGGACAAGUUCCAACACGACCUCCAAGACCAUACGGGCGCGGCACCCAAACCAAUCAGUUUGGUCUACGAUGACCACACCGAGGGGUGGGAGGGCGAAGGAGAUUGUGCGGUGCGAGUGCCUGUUCCUGGCAAAGAUGGAUGGAGAUUUGAACGUCAGGAGGUCGAAGAGAGUGUCCAACUGAGCACUGUUUUUCAGGAGAUCGGGCUAGACGGACAGGUGCAACUGGAGGGGCUUUACGCAACUUUAUGGAAAGAUCCAGAAAUUGUCGUCUCUAUCUACUUUGAUUGUGCGAAUGGAAUCAUGGUGCGAUAUUUGGCCUACCUGAGGUAUCAUGAGAACGGCCAAUCGCACGAUACAGAUGAUCAUUGGUCUGACGUGUCAUGGGCCCUAUACGAGAAGGCUUGUCCUACCAGUCUUCAGGAGCUGCAAUACGUUAUUGUCACGCUGGUCAAAAAUCCCGUCACCAAGGUUAUCCUUGAGGACGCCACCGCGGCCGCGGGCCAUUGGAAUAAAAAAAACGCCAAGGAGAACAAUUUUGUUCUUACCACCUGGGAACCAUCCAGGCUCACCACGCCAAUCUCAACGAGCAGCUGUUCGCCGGAGAGCAGAGAUUGCGACUUUUUUGCUUUGCUCCACACGCCGAACGCUGUUGGGGUUCUCUAUCUUCUCCGAGACCAUAUGCUACAGUUGAACUUUAAGAGUAUCAAGAGCAUCUCCGGGUUCCACGAUUGUAUCUAUCAAAAUGCAGAAGGGUCUGCAUUUGUCAAAUGGACCAUGUUUAUGAAACUGACAUAG